UUCUUUUUGUUUGAAUAUACCCACGUGACGAUCCCUUAUUUUUUGGAUUAUAGAUGACAUUCUUUUGUCCGAUCAUAUCCAAACUACAUAAUCAGCACAUAAAUUUUAUAUUAUGAUCAGAAUCACGAUCACUUCAUUAUCGGAACUGGUUAUUUAGAUUAGAAUUCUCUCCUUCAAUUGUCAAACAGAUUUAGAUUGCUAUAAAGAAUCUCCUCCUUCAAUUGUUGUAUAUAGUUUAGACUGUUAGGAGGAGGAGAUGGCAUUAAUGAAGACAAUGGCGAAAAAACUAGGUUUGAGAAGAUUAAUGACAACAUUAUCUUCAUCCGAAUCUUCAUCCUGUGGAACUUCAACUUCAUCUGCACUACAAUCUACGGGGAAGCGAAUUAAUUUGUUUACAGCAAUAAAUCAGGCCCUUCAUAUUGCUCUCGAGUCUGACCCUCGAUCUUAUGUAUUUGGGGAAGAUGUGGGCUUUGGUGGGGUCUUUCGUUGCACAACAGGAUUAGCAGAUCGGUUUGGUAGAGACCGAGUUUUUAACACUCCUCUUUGUGAACAGGGAAUUGUUGGAUUUGGAAUUGGACUGGCUGCAAUGGGAAACCGGGCAAUAGUAGAAAUUCAAUUUGCAGAUUAUAUUUUCCCUGCAUUUGACCAGAUUGUGAAUGAAGCUGCAAAGUUUCGUUAUCGGAGUGGAAACGAAUUCAAUUGUGGAGGUCUCACUAUAAGAUCUCCUUAUGGUGCUGUUGGUCAUGGUGGGCAUUAUCAUUCACAGUCACCUGAAGCCUUCUUUUGUCAUACACCAGGCAUCAAGGUGGUUAUUCCUCGGAGCCCAAUGCAAGCAAAAGGCUUGCUUCUUGCAUCAAUACGUGAUCCAAAUCCUGUUGUCUUUUUUGAGCCAAAGUGGCUGUAUCGAUUGGCAGUAGAAGAAGUCCCUGAGCAGGAUUAUACACUGCCUUUAUCCCAGGCAGAGGUGAUCCGUGAGGGGACAGACAUUACUCUAGUAGGAUGGGGAGCUCAGCUUGCAAUUAUGGAACAAGCUUGCCUUGAUGCUAGUAAGGAGGGAAUUUCAUGUGAGUUAAUAGACUUGCGAACAUUGAUACCAUGGGACAAAGAGACAGUUGAAUUGUCUGUCAGAAAGACAGGGAGGCUUCUUAUUAGUCACGAAGCCCCUGUUACUGGAGGGUUUGGUGCAGAAAUAGCUGCUUCUAUCGUAGAGCGUUGUUUCUUAAAAUUAGAAGCUCCAGUGGCUAGAGUUUGUGGCCUUGAUACUCCAUUCCCGUUGGUUUUUGAGCCUUUCUAUGUGCCAACAAAAAAUAAGGUCUUGGAUGCCAUUAGAGCUACUGUAAAUUACUAACACUCAAGAAUUAUUGCAUCUGAUUAUGCUGCUGGAACGUAUAGAACUUUCUCCACUGUAACAUAUAUAGCCUGGAGCUUUCCUAAAACUGUUCUGAAUGGUCUUGCACAAUGCCUGCAGUUCACAAAUUUUGAGUGACAUAAAAGUCCAUAUUGUUUGCAUGUGGCAAAGUCUCAAAUUUUGUACAGAAAUUCAAAAUAUGAUAGCUUACAAAAAAUCAAGAUAUAAGGGAUUGAAUCUGGAGUCAAGAUUCGAUGCAUAUUAUCUAUCCAUUUCAUGAGAUACCAUACUACAGAGUAAAAAGAUUAUUGAUGGCAAUCUCCAAGUUACAGUCAUAUUGUGAUCGAAUCAUUCUUGGAUUCAUUUCAAACGCCCAUUUGUGGAAGGUGCACAAAUGUAUGGAUGACACACCUCUAUAUAUGAUUCAGUAGUAAUAGAUCAUGGUAUUUUGAUGUGA